CAGCUGAGCAUUCAGAGGAAAACAACUGAGGAAACACCACCCAUUCUCUGACUCACUCAUGUUAUUAUUGUUCCCCUGGGAGGAGACGCACACACUGAACGACAGGCACCAGAUUCAAGAAAAGAGAACCGGGAUAUUAAUACUUCAAUCUACAGUGAACAAAAUGGCUUCUGGAUCAGAGCUGAAUCUCUGCUGUCCCGUCUGCCACGACAUCUUUGCAGAUCCUGUUCUUCUGUCAUGUAGCCACAGCUUCUGUAAAGCCUGCCUUCGGAGGUGGUGGAGACUGAAACAAGCUCACACGUGCCCUGUUUGUCAGAGCACAUCUGGAAGGAAACACCCACCAUGUAACUUGGCAUUAAAGAACCUGUGUGAGGCCUUUUUACUGGAGAGAGAUCAGAAGGCGGAGACUCUCUGCAGUCUGCACUCGGAGAAACUCAAACUCUUCUGUCUGGACCAUCAGCAGCCAGUUUGUCUCAUCUGCAGAGAUUCAGAAAAACACUCUGAGCAUAAGUUCAGACCCAUCGAUGAAGCAGCACGGGAUUGCAGAGAAGAGCUCCAGAAUUCCCUAAAACCCCUAAAGGAGAAAUUCAAGCACUUUGAGCAAGUUAAAGGAAACUACGUCCAGACAGCAGCACACAUUAGAGUCCAGGCCCGACAUGCAAAGAGGGAGAUUAAGAAGCAGUUUAAGAAGCUUCAUGAGUUUCUAGAAAUGGAAGAAGAGGAAAGGAUUGCUGCUGUGAGGGAGGAGGAAAAGCAAAAACGCGAGGUGAUGAAGGAGAAGAUGGCGGCUCUGAGCAGACAGAUAGAAGCUCUGUCAGACACCAUCAGAGCCACAGAGGAGGAGCUGAGAGCCGAAGACGUCUCCUUCCUGCACAACUAUGAGGCUUCGGUGGGCCGAGUCCAGCGCUGCCCCCAGCUGGAGGAUCCACAGCUUCACUCAGGAGCUCUGAUAGACGAGGCUCAACAUCUGGGCAACCUGACCUUCAACAUCUUUACCAAGAUGAGUGAAGUGGACUCCUAUAGUCCUGUGAUUCUGGAUCCAAACACUGCUAAUCCAGGACUCAUCCUUUCUGAAGAUCUGAGCUGUGUCAAAUGGGGAGAGACACAGAGGCUUCCAGACAACCCAGAGAGAUUUGACAGCUCCUGCAUUGUCCUCGGAUCUGAGGGCUUUAAAUCAGGCCUUCACAGCUGGGAGGUGGAGGUGGGAGACAGCUCCCACUGGGUUCUGGGUGUAGCACAAGAGUUUGUGGAAUGGAAAGGACAUUUAGAGUCACGGUCUGGAUUGUGGACAACUGGGUUAUAUAAAGGCACAUACAAAGCUUUCUCCCCAUUAAAUCCAAUGUGUGUCCUUCCGGUGAAGAAGCAGCUCCAGAGGAUCAGAGUAGAUCUGGACUGUGACAGAAGAGAACUGAGCUUCUCUGAUCCCAACAACCUAAUACACACCUUCUCAUGCACUUCCACUGAGACGCUGUUCCCGUUUAUCGGCACAAGUGAUGAAUACCUUCUGAGGAUACGACCACACACAGUAUCAGAACAAAAUAAUACCUGUUACAGUGAUGAUGAUGGUGAAGACAGUGAUGACAUCGACUUUAAAUAUGAUGAUUAUGAUGACUCCUCUAUCUUUGGCUCAGUACUGAAGCUCAUUUAGUCCAGACAAUGAAGCAUCUUUAGUAAUCAUCUUUCUGCUUCAGAGGGAAAUAACUACUGGAGGAAUAAUAAUGAAAUUUAUUGAGUGUAUCUAGGAUCCACUGAAAAUAAUCUGACUUUUUCUGUAGCAGCACCAGAAGGUAAUUUUCCCUCCUUCAAAAAGCUUUAUUUAAAUCAACAAAUUUUUCAAAUUCAAUCCGAACAGCAGUGCACAUAAAGAAUACUAAAUGUGCAACAGCUGUUUGUCCCUCUGAUACAUCUGAUCACAUCUGAUCAAAGGCACUCAGACAGUGCAGUCGUUCGUCAAGGUCGGGGCCCUGUCUUGCAACUUUAAUUAAACUGAUCCAGAUUCACAGAAAAAUUCAAAAACAAAAACUGAUCUUUCUUUCCCCCAUGUUCCACCUCUAUGCAAACUUUCAUGAAAUUUGACCCGGUGUUUUGUGCACAGUUCUGUUAAAAGACUGAUAAACAACACAGAAAGCAUACUUUAGCACAUGGCAUAAGUUUUGUGUAAUUUUUCAGAUUUUUUUUUUUUAAGAAUUAGUACUAGUGCAUCAACAAAAUUUUGCAGAGAGAUGGCCAAACUUUACAAAACUGAGGAAAUCAAAUAAGUUUCCUUAGAACACAGAUUAGUAGUUUCGGGUAAUGAUUAAUAAGGUAUUUAAUACUUAAAAAUACACUACCGUUCAAAAGUUUGGAGUCACUUAGAAAUGUCUUUAUUUUUGAAAGGAAAGCAGUUAUUUUCAAUGACGAUAACAUUAAUCAGAAAUACAGUCUAGACAUUGUUAAUGUGGUAAAUGACUAUUCUAGCUGGAAACGACUGAUUUUUAAUGGAAUAUCUCCAUAGAGGUACAGAGGAACAUUUCCAGCAACCAUCACUCCUGUGUUCUAAUGCUACAUUGUGUUAGCUAAUGGUGGUGAAAGGCUAAUUGAUGAUUAGAAAACCCUUGUGCAGUUAUGUUAGCACAUGAAUAAAAGUGUGAGUUUUCAUGGAAAACAUGAAAUUGGAAAAUGUUUGAAAACUAGUUUUAUUUGAACUUUAUUAAACAAAAUACAUUCAAUAUCAAACACAUAAUAAAGGCAUUGCCAGACACGACCGGCUUCUGAAACACACAUUCACAGAGAAAAGAAAAUAUUUCAGUCUUAAAUAGUCUUUCAAACUCCCUGCGGAGUAUCAAGGUGUCACAACAGUAAGUAUCAUCACAUCUGGUGGAGCACAAGGUCUUAAACUCGGACAGAAACCUUUGGCUUUUUUUUCCUGUAAUGCCAUCCUGAGAGAAUGUCCUUCUGAUGAGUGAGAGAAUACAGAAGUGGACACAAACAAAGAAAUUGAUAUGUGUUUCCAUGGUGACAGUGGCUCAAGAUAAACUGACCGGCAAUAAUCAAAUCUCAUGAAAAACCAACACUGACGGACCCACUGUGCCAAAGAGCUCAGUUGUCAUUAUUUUAAAUCUGCCCUACAAGCACAGUCCUCACUGUAGAUCUUCAGCAGGGACAGGCACACAGAGGAAAUUAGAUACAUCAGUCGUCAAAAACAAAUUGGGUUUUCAUAAGAUGUAAUGCAUAUAACCAAAAUGUACUGAUGAGAUGUAAUUUUAAAGAUACUUAGACAUUUGUUUCAAAUUUAUAGUCCUUAUAGGAGUUAUACAGGAGUUUAUGAGAAAUAUUUUGCGGCUGCCUAUUGUGUUUUAGCUGUGACAGUGUACAUUUUUUAAAGGAAAGGUUAAACGUCUCAGGAAAUAUUCAUUCUGUACAACAAAUACGUCACUACAGUUAGCAGCCUGUUAGCUUAGUUUAGCAUAAAGCCUGGGAAUAGAGGGAAACGACUGCUACAAAUACUGUAUUUACUAAUCAAGAAAUAAUCACUUUUACACCUUAGGAUAAAAUAAAUAUAGAUAUAAAGAGUUACUUAGCUGUUUCCUGCUCUCCCGUUUUUAUGCUAGGCUAAGCUAACAGGCUACUAUCUGUAGCUUUUCUGUUGUCAAUAAUGUCAAACUCUUCCUCAUGUCCAGAAAAACAUUGAUGUACAUUUCCUCACAAUGUACAGUUAAACAUAGAUGACACAUUGGCUGCUUUAAAGAGAGAAAUAAUUUCAUUUAAAAUUAAAUACAAGAAAUUUUAGAUUUUCUGCCUGGCACCACGGAGGAGGUUUUGAAACGUUAUUAAAUUGUCAUCAAAGAUGUCAAAAAUACAGACAUACAGAAAAGUUGACUAAAUAAAUACAUUAAUUUGACAGAGAACAGACAAAAAAAUGAAGAUAGUUGGUAUAUUGGAUGUUGCAACAAAGAAGUGUUAAAAUAGAAUGUUACGUAGCAGAGCUGGAGUGUGUUUCUAUCAGUGGAAGGAGAAUCCUGAUGCUGGCAGACCUCCACACCACUGACUGAUGAACUUGAGGACGUCCUGACAUUCUGGACUGUGAGUGGUCUGCAGGUAGAGGGACACAAACAACCAAUCAUUAAGUUCCAUAAGCACGUAACUAAUUAGCUUUAUCACAGGACAAUUUGGGCUAUUCCAAUAUGUGUGGUGCAAUGCAAUACAUAGCACAAAUUGCGAGAAGUAUUGAUUAUGCUCUCUUGGAGAUGCACAUGUGGACAGCUGUGGACACCCUGGACAUGUAAUUGUUGUAUUACUUUUGUAUUCCACAGGAGUCUCUUUCGUAAGCAGUGUUGCUUACAUGUGAAGUGGGUCACAUCUAGAUCUUCCUCACAUACACAUUUUAUUCGCUCUAGUAAUGAAGUCAAAACCUAAAAUCUCACAAACCAAACCAAAAACAUGAUGAUUACAAUUUGAAAUGUAAUUAUGACAGUAAAGCUAAAUGAUAUUUUUGAAAUAAUUUAAUUUGAAUAAAAGUUCUAUAUCA